UCUCUGACAGAGUGAGACAAAACUACAAGAGAUAAAACUGCCAACACUUGUAGGUGAAGUAAUCGAUGCUGAAAUCUAAAAAAAGAUGUUCAAAGAACCUAAAAGGAAUGAAAAAAUGCCAGCCCUCAUAAGACAACAAGAGAACAGCAGCAGGCCAAAGAAAAGGAAAAUAUCUGAAAUUGAGACCCCCAGAAAAAGGCGGAGGGUCUCUGACAUGGCCGGAUCGUCUUCAAGCUGCCAGGAACAGAUGAGGACGAGGAGCAUGGUGGAGAGAAAAAUGAAAGAAGAAGCAGAGGAACCUUCACCGAAGGCCAAGAGGAAGAAAAUGGAACUGGAGCAGGACCAGAACAAAGAGUCUUGCUGCUCAACGGACGUCAGUGCAGGGAUCAGAAAGAGGAAUCCGAAAAGGAAGAUGGAGGACUUGGAGGAACCACCAACCAGGAGGAGGAUGAAGAUGGUGAUGGAAGAAGAACGAGAGGAUUCCCAAAGAGCUGCAUUACUGCAGAAAUACGUUGAGCUGCAUCUGCUGGGAGACGGAGGCUUCGGGUCUGUCUUUGCUGGAUAUCGGAUAGAGGGUAAAUUACCUGUGGCUAUCAAACACAUACCAAAAGACAAAGUAGUCAUCAAACAUAAGGAUGAGAACGGCAGCGAGCUGGCCAUGGAGUUGGUCAUCAUGUUAAAACUUGCAAGUGAAACAGUGCCGCAUUCAGCCAUCUUGUCCCUGUUGGACUGGUAUGAUCUGGAUCAGGAGCUGAUUUUAGUCAUGGAGAGGCCCAUGUUCGCAGAGGACCUCUUGCUCUAUCUUAAUGAGCGUGGAAAUUUCAUAGAAGAGAGUGAGGCCAAGGUCAUAAUAAAACAGCUGGUGGAAGCUGCUGUUUACCUUCAGAAUGCAAACAUCUUCCACAGAGACCUAAAAGUGGACAAUGUCCUGAUUGACAGCAGCACAGAAGACAAACAAAUCUAUCUCAUAGAUUUCGGCUUAAGCUGCUUUGAUGACGGGAAACAACAUGAAAUACUCUGUGGUACUCCUGGUCACAUCCCACUGGACUGGAUGGUUAACAGUACCUACAGGGCUGGACCUACAACAGUGUGGCAGCUGGGGGUUGUUCUGUUUGAGAUGCUCCACAUGACGCGGUUCAACAUUAACACCUACAUCUCAAACAACUUGACAAUCUGGCAUUGGCUUUCUGACGACUGCAUGGAUUUUCUGUCAAAGUGUCUGAUAGGUGACCCCGAGGACCGUCCCACCUUGGAGGAGCUGCUGUGUCACCCGUGGCUUUCGUAGACUAUACACACAUGCACACGCACACACACACACACGCACACACACACACACACACGCACGCAUGCCCGCACACACACACCAUUGCAACCUUAACUUUUUUUGUUAGUAGUUUAAUCUAGUUUAGGCUGAGCUGUAGGGCACUAUUAAACUAUAAAAGAUUGGGGUUAGGGUUAAAUGACACAAGUCGGUUAAUUUGGCAAUUAAUUUUCUUUGGAUGCUGCAGUUCCUCUGCUACUCAAAACAACAUCCAUUUUAGGUUCAUUAAAGAUUCAAAACGGUCGGGUGCAAUGCAGUGUAGGUGGUGGCUGAAGGUGGGGGACCUCGACGGUCUGAUUCUCAGCUAUAGAAACUGGCUCUAAAGUCAUGGAAUGUCACUUCUCUAGUGGGGAAGGAUCCUGAACUGGUGUUAGGUUGAGAGGUGUAUACAAGCGGCCAAAAUGAGUUUCCUUCGCAGGGUGUCUGGGUUCUCCCUUAGAGAUUGAAGCUCAGUCAUCCAGAAUGGACUCAGAGUUGAGCUGCUGCCUUUCCAUGUUGAGAGGAGCCAGUUGAGGUGGCUUGGGCAUUUAGUCAGCAUGUGCGCUGGAUGCCUCCUGGUGAGGUGUUCCAGGCACCUUCCAUUGGGAGGAGGCCCAGGAGAAGACCAAGGAUGUGCUUGAGGGUCUAUGGUUUGCGGAUGUCCUGGGAACGCUCCUCUGGGAUUCCUCCAGAGGAGCGAGCUCAAGGGGGGAGAGGAGAUUGAAGUCUGGACCUUCUUACUUAGACUGCUACCCCCAUGACCUGACCACAGAUAAGCGGAAGAAAAUGGAUGAAAUAGAUAAAGAUUCAGUUCAAUUAGUUAUUUUACAUAGUGCCAAUUCAAAACAAAGGUCAUCUUGAGGCACUUUAUGAAAAACAUCAAUAUUUGUGGGUAUUCUCUGGGUCCUUCAGUUCUGUCCCCUACUCUAGAAAACAUCCAUUUUAGAAUUAUUGUUUUUUGUUGUUUGUUUUUCUUUGGAUGCUCCAGUUUUCUCCUCUAGACAAGACAACAGCUAUACAGUUUAUUGGAGAUUUGUCGGUUUUCUCCGGGUGCUCCGGUUUAUUUUCUACUUCCUAAAAGCAUCCAUGCUAGGUUAGGUGAAGUUAGUUCAGUUUUUCCCUGGGUACUGAGGUUUACUCCCACAGUCCUAGAGACAUCUGAUUAGGUUCAUUAGGAAUUCUUACCACCAGACCUUGACCUCCGUUCACAAUGCAAGCAGACACAUUCACACAUGGAUAAACACAUACAUAUUUUUUUAUGUAUAUAUUAGUAUAUUAAGCAAGUUUGAGUUUUUACAUGGAUGUAUAUAUUUUCUUGUGUCUCUGUCUAUAAAUGUGUAUGUAAAUUUGUACUAAUACAAAAAUUUAUAAUGUAAAAAUGUAAUUUGUUUUGUUUCUAAUGUGUCCAUAGUUCAUCUCCCUAAUCAAAGUUGUUUUCUCUGUGUUUUUUCCAGAUCUUCCCUAACCCAGAUGUGUGUGCGAGUGUGUGUAUGUUUGUCUUGUCCACUUUCCUGUCCUCUCCAACCCCAGCCGGUUGAGGCAGACGUCCGCCCAUCCUGAGCCUGGUUCUGCUAGAGGCCUCUUCCUUUCAAAGGGGAGUGUUUCCUCUCCACUGUCGCCCCGUGCUUGCUCAGGUUGGGGGAUUGCAUUGAUAUAAAGUUUUGAUGCAAUCUGCUGGUUUCCUCCCCUUCGCAGAAUCGCCACCUUAAUGUGGUGGAGGGGUUUGAGUACCCCUAUGAUCCUGAGGUUUAAGUUGUUUGGAGCUUUGACUGUUGUUGGGGUCUUCCAUGGCAAACUGGCUUCAGAGGAGGGGGUCUCACUAAGAGCGAUUCAAUUAUCUUGAUUCAGUGAGAGAACCUGAGAAUUAUGAACAUGUUUGCUAAUUAAUCUGGUUUGAUUGAUGUCUGGUGGAAGAACUACCAGGGAGCAUUUUGAGCAGAAGAAAAUUUUAAAGAGCUAUAGACUGAAGACGAGAUUUGUAUCUACGUCAAGGAAAGGAUGUGCAUACAAUCUUGCCCCAGUGAAGCAGCCGCCCCAGCAGCUUACUUUACUCCACUAGUGACAUGGUUUCACGACCUGUUGGAAGCUGUGAACUGGCAGAGAAAAUUAACGUAGAAUAAACUUAU